CUGUCUGCUGAGCAUGCACAGCACAUAUAGUCAUUCAUUCGCACGGGCAACAACUUGUCCAUUCAUGACACCCAUCAUUGCAAUCCUUUCAUAGCAAACACAUCGUAAUGAAGCCAGAGACAAACAUCUAUCAAAAUUUGCUCCCAUUGAUGGGCACAACACAAGACAAUAUACGCAGUCAAACUGAUGAAGCAUUUGACGCAUACUUUGAUCAUUGUAGUGGAUCACGAGUAAGUACGCAAGCAGUGAUCGCGGCUGCACUCAAAGAAGAAUAUCCAAAAUUGGAACAAGUUGUCGUAACGGCGGAUAACUGUAACCUGAUCAAUUUUGCACAACAAACCGGUCUUGCACAAUUUCAACUUUUACAAGAUCAUUCAAGAAGACAAUUAACGCCAACUUCCUUAAGCUUGAUCAGAUACCUCGCACCUGCUCAUCGAACAGAGCCAGGUUCUUUGGGUGUUGAACUUCAAUUAGCAAAGUAUGCAUAUCAAUGGCAAUCAAACGAUUUCAUUGUCUACUACAUCGACGGACGUGACGGGACAUCCGCCUAUCCGAAACAAGAACUGAUUUUCGUCUUGACAAAGGAUAAACAAGCGGCAUUAGAGUUGGUACAAGCAGCUGGUACUUGGUCAAAUGAGCUGCAUGGUCAAGUAUGGGAAUACGAUCAAGGCUAUUGGAGCAAGAGCAGUGAACUGUACAACAGCUUCAUUCAUGCCUCCUGGGACAGUGUCAUCUUGGAUGAAAAACGAAAAGAAGAGAUUAUUGAUGAUCAUUUAUCCUUCUUCCGAUCUCGUGAGACGUAUAAAAGUCUUCAAGUUCCAUGGAAGCGAGGUAUUAUAUAUCAUGGGCCUCCAGGCAAUGGUAAAACCAUCUCGAUCAAAGCGAUGAUGCACACUCUCUACACGCUAUCUGACCCGAUCCCAACACUUUAUGUGCGCUCUCUGGUCUCAUACGCCGGACCGGAGUAUUCUGUCAAGCAAAUUUUCAAGAAAGCUAGAGCAAUGGCACCCUGUUAUUUGAUCCUUGAAGAUUUGGAUACGAUUAUCACAGAAGGUAUUCGAAGCUAUUUUUUGAACGAAGUGGAUGGCUUGAAGGACAAUGAUGGAAUCAUGAUGCUCGGCAGUACGAAUCAUCUUGACAGACUUGAUCCCGGUAUCUCUCAAAGACCUUCUCGUUUUGAUCGAAAGUACUUUUUUGAUAAUCCAAACGAGAAGGAGCGUGAGUUGUAUGCACACUUUUGGCAACGCAAGUUGAAGGAUAACAAGAGCAUUGAAUUCCCGGAUAAACUUUGUCCGGCAAUUGCACGAAUCACAAACGAUUUCAGCUUUGCGUACAUGCAAGAAGCUUUUGUUGCCUCUCUUUUGGCUAUCGCACGACAAAAGCCAGAAAGUACUACAGAACAAUCUACAAGUAAGGCAAGAAAAGAGUUCAAUGUAGAAGAAACCGACUCGGACUGGUUGCGUCUGGCUGAUGAUGAUGACAGCGACGAUGAUGAGGAAUUGAACAAAUACGUCCUUUGGAGAGAGAUACAAAAUCAAGUCCGCAUCUUACGCAAGGGCAUUCAAGAAGAAGAGUAAUCACGCAAGGGUUCUCACACAGUUCGAGGUUUUAUAGCAAUCGUAU